AUGGUCCAGUUCCAGCUCCCCGCAGCGGAUUGGAAGGACCGCCAGACCCAGCUUUACGCUGCGGGCGCGGCCACCGCCGUGCUCGGAGGUGCCCUCCUGGCCAAGCGCGCCCUGCGCCAGCGCAAGCCCUACAAUGGGUCCUACACCCCCGAAACCCUUCCAUCCGGCGCCUACGAUGUCAUCAUCGUCGGAGCAGGUCCCUCUGGAUCCGUGGCUGGCUGGUACCUGGCCAAGGGGGGCGCCAAGGUGGCCCUGCUGGACAAGGAGCACUUCCCCCGCGACAAGAUCUGCGGCGACGCGGUGGUGACCCCCGCCCUGGCCAUCCUGAAGGAGAUGGGUGUCUUCCAGGAGCUGGUGGACGCCGACGAGAUCAAGCUGGCGGACAACGGCGGCUUUGUGUCCCCCUCUGGCCUCGCGUACAUCGGCAACUCCCAGCACAAGCUGGGCACCGCGGCCGCCGGCGCCGUCAAGCGCAUCCACCUGGACGACCGCAUCGCGCGCGCCGCCGCGCGCGCCGGCGCCGAGCUGCGCGAGGGCUUCGAGGUCGGCACCGACGUCACCUUUGACGCCGAGGAGGGCCUCUGGACCGUCAAGUCCGUGGAGGGAAAGGCCGUGGUCGGCCGUGUGCUGGUCUGCGCCGACGGCUCCACCUCGCGCCUGGCCACGCAGCUGGGCCUGUGCACCGCGCCGCCCCAGGGCGUGUCCUCCCGCGCCUACAUCGAGGGCGGGACGCACAACACCGACUUCGACGGCGUCUGCUUCUACCCGCGCUGGUCCCUGCCAGGCUACGCCGCCAUCUUCAAGCACGCCAAGGACGAGCUGGGCUUCUGCUACUACCUCAUCCCCUGCGGCAAGAACGCCGACAAGGGCCAGCUCGGCAACGUCACGGCUGACGACCUGAAGCGGUUGCACGAGGACGCGCUGAAGCGCGACCCCUUCAUCUCUCGCGCCGUGGGUCCCAAGGCCAAGAUCGAGCGCAUGCGCGCGGGCUCCCUCCGCAUCGGCAGCCAGGGCGUGCCCGCCAGUUAUGCGGACCACCUGCUCAUCAUCGGCGACGCCGCGGGGCACAUCGAUCCGCUGACGGGCGAGGGCAUCCACACCGCCAUGAUGGGGGGCAAGGUGGCCGCCGAGACCCUGCUGGAGAUGCGCGCCGCGGGAGACUUCUCCUCCCGCUCCACACGCCUGUACCAGCAGCGCUGGAUGGACCUGUUUGGCCACGACUUCAAGCUGUCCCAGAAGGGCGCGGAGCUGCUGUGGAAGUACCCCAUCAUCAUGGACGCGUGCGCCUCUGAGGCUCAGCGCCAGGGUGACGCCAUGAUGAGCAAGUGGGCGGAGGUGAUGACCAACAUGCGGCCCAAGACCUACUUCCUGCGCCCCGACGUGGCCUUCAACAUGUCCCGCGCCAUCGUGCGCGAGCUCUGGAACCAGAAGGUCCUCAACCGGCCCUCGGCCUACGUCCUGCAGGAGCCCGCCGCCAACGGCAAGGCGCACUGA